GAUUAUAUAAAGAGCAGCCGACGGAGUUUCGUCAUUUUCGCAUUUGCUCUUGAUGGGUGGUGGAUGCGUUCGCGCCUGCACCUAAUAAACGUCGUUUUUCGCUGUUAUUGUUGCAGGAGAAUGCCCAUGAUGCCGGCCCAGAACAACCGCCUGGUCCUGCUGUACGGGUCCCAGACUGGCCAGGCGAAGGCCAUCGCCGAGGAGAUACACGAGAACGCUGAGAGACACGGGCUCCGGACCGACCUGUUUGGGCUGGAACUCACAGAGAAAAAGUUUGAUGUGACAAAGGAGUCGUGUGUUGUGUUCGUGUGCUCCACCACCGGAGACGGAGACCCACCAGACAAUGCCACAAAGUUCUUCCGCAGGCUGAAGAAGAAGACACUGCCUUCAGAUCACUUAGCUCACCUCAGCUUCACAGUUUUAGGUUUAGGAGACUCCAACUACACCAACUUCUGUAACUGUCCUAAAACUCUGGACAAGAGACUACAAGAGCUGGGGGCCAAACCAUUCUACCCUACGGGGUAUGCAGAUGAUGCUGUGGGUCUGGAGAUUGUGGUAGACCCCUGGAUAGAGGGGUUAUGGACGGCAGUGCGCAAACAGCUGGGUCUGCCGCCUGAGAGCUGCACUGUUGCCGGGGAAACUGUAUCCAUGGAGACCACAGACAAUAAACAUGCACCAGGAGGUGUCCCAAACUCUGUAGUUCAGGAUAGUAGUGGAGAAACAGAAGGAAAGAUUGAUAUGAAGGAUGGAAGAACAGGGGAAACAGAAAUUAAUGGACAACAUGAUGAUAAUCCAGAAAAAGUCAUUGAGAUUCAGUCUGAUUUUAAAAACAAAGAAAUUGUUAAAAGUUAUGAAGACAGCACAAAUGAUAGGACUAGUAUGGCUCAUACUGAUGUAGCAGAGGCAGUUACACACAGUAUUGAACUGGAAAACAAAGGUGGUGUUAUUAGUACUACCAAGCAAAGUACAGGUCCACAAACUGAGAACACUGCAUCAGAUUGCUGUGUUGAUGCCACAGACAGCAAAACGACAGACAAAUCAGAAAAUAAGAAAACAGCAGAAGCUAGCGGCACAGAGAAGCACAUCCUGGAGGCUGAUACCACUGGCAGUAAAGACAGAGAUGGGCAAGUUGUGGAUACCGUAAAGGAACAAGCUGGUCCCUCUCUGAGAGUGUCUGUCCCCCCUCUGUGUGAUAGUGGACUGACUCUACCAGCCAAGCCUGUACCAUAUUUGGAGGUGGAGUUUCACCCAGAGGAAAGUCUGUGUAUUGAGAAGCUGCCCUUGCAAGGUGGCUGUCCCUUUCCCUCAGCAGCUGCAGAUGUUGUCAUGGCAACAGUUACCAUGGCAACUAGACUCACUAGGCAUGAUGCUGUGAAGACAGCACUGGACAUAGAACUGGAUAUCUCGCAUACAAGUUUUAAGUACGAGCCUGGCGACUCCUUUGGUGUGGUUUGCCCAAAUGAUGAGACUGAGGUGCAGGAUUUGAUUCACAGACUGGACCUUACAGACCAUGCUGACACGACCUUCAGUGCCAAGGUCAUCGAAGGAACCAAGAAACGAGCAGCUGCAGUCCCCGCCCACCUGCCUGCCAGGUGUACCUUCCGCCAUGCACUCCUCACCUGUCUGGAGAUCAGGACGGUUCCUAAGAAGGCCUUCCUCAGAAUGUUGGUAGAACACACAUCUGAUGCUGUGCAGAAGCGCCGCCUACAAGAACUGUGCAGUAAACAGGGUACUGCAGAUUAUGCCGCCUUCAUCAGGGAGCCGAAUCUGAGGCUGCUUGAUGUACUGACAGCUUUCCCAUCAUGCUGCCCUCCAUUUGAGCGGUUGCUAGAAAUGCUGCCAAGGCUUCAACCAAGACCAUACUCUGUGUCAAGCUCCCCACUGGUCAGUCCAGACAAACUACACUUUGUGUUCAACAUUGUGCACAUCCCGUCAGGCAGCGGGAGGGCUGCCCCCUGCACUGGUGUGUGCACAGGAUGGCUGGACAGGCUCACCAGGCACAUGCAGACAGGGGUGUAUGGGGACAUGGCUGAGGAAGAUGGGGUUGCAGAGAAGAUAGGCCAGAUGUCCCUUAAUGAUCCUUUGAAGAUUCCAAUCUACCUGAGAACCAACAGCCACUUCCGUCUCCCAACUGAUCUCUCUGUACCCAUCAUUAUGGUGGGACCCGGGACGGGUGUGGCACCUUUUGUAGGAUUCCUACAGCACAGGGAGAAACAGAGAGAGCUAUCCCAUGAUGCAGUGUGUGGGCCCAGCUGGCUGUUCUAUGGAUGCAGGCACAGAGACAGGGACUAUCUCUACAGGGAAGAACUGGAGCGGUUGGAAGCUGCAGGUGUGCUGGACCACCUGGUGGUGUGCUUCUCCAGGGAAGAGCCUGUUGCCACGGAAACAGAUGGAGCCCCACCUGCCCGUUAUGUACAGGAUAACCUGCAUCACCAUGGUGAUGACGUGGGGAGGAUGCUGUUGGAUGAGGGAGCUGUGCUGUAUGUUUGUGGUGAUGCCAAGAACAUGGCCAAGGAUGUGAAUGAAGUCAUCACACAGAUUGUGCAGAAAUACAAAGGUUGUACCAUUCAGGAGGCUAGGAACACAGUCUUCCAGCUCAGACAGGACAGACACUACAUUGAAGAUAUCUGGACUUGAAGUGUCAUGUUGGGAAAAUAAGCAGUUUUAAAUGAUGUAGCCAUUUCAGUGGUUAUCUUAAUUUUAAAAAAGAAAAGUCCUUCUGUAAUGUAAAGUAAGUCAGAAGGAGGCAAGAAAGCAGAGUGAGGUGUUAUAGUGAGGUGAAAUGUUAUCUUUCUACUUUGCAGUGUAGAAGAUAAAAAAAGAUAAAUCAAGGGGAAGAGUAAAUUCCACUGCACUGAGAUUUCUGUUUGAAUGAUGACAUUAUUAGUAGCCUUCUUGAUGCAAUAUGAUUGCUUGUUGCAUGGUGAUACUAUAUGCUCUGAGGUGUGUAUUUCAUACAUGAGAAAGGUGAUAGUUCUGCAAUACAGUCAUCAGGCUGAUUGUUUAUGGAGACAAAAUGUAACGUUACCACUUUUGAAUUUUACAAAAAAAAGAAGAUGUGCAAAAGCAGAAUCUGUAUAUCUGCUUAGAUCUCUAGUUCAGAGCUCUUUAAGUGGUUGUAGAGUAAUGAAAACACCUUCAAAAAUAUCACAUACAGCCACGUUGAGUUAAAGCACCAUAUGAAGGGCCUUUGAAGUGUGGUUUAGUUUACUGAAGAAAUACAAGUCACCUUGAGAUGUCACAUCGAUAGAUAUGUUGCCAUGUUGAUCUAUAAAACUGUAAGAUGGUGAAGGGAUAAGAUUGUGAUGGUAAUGAAUGACAAAGAUUUGUGUACAUGCACUCACAUAUGUGAAAAGAAGUUCCUGUUGAACUGGUAGUUGUGAUAUUUCUAACAGCAACUAGCUAUAACUUCUUUUUUUUCUCUUUAUAUUGUUUAUCAAAGUUCUUUUAUUGCAAUCUUACUAAUAAGGGAUAGUUUUAAAUGCACCUAGUUAUACCUUUUCCUUGAUGUUUUGUAUUGUUAAGUUUAACGUUAUAAAACAUUUAUCAUUUGUUAAGGGUCGUUAAGCACUCUUGAUCUUACUAACGGGGGGUUUUGUUUUCAGCACCAAUAAAGUUCUGUAUAUCAAUUUA